AUAUAGUAUAUUUCUGUAGCCCAGUGAUGUGGGUCGCCUCCAUUGUUGAGAAUACGACCCCACAGUGGAUCUGACGCAAAACCCAGUUGGAUUUCUUGCUUACAAUCCUCAGAUCUCUUCUAAUCCAAUCUUUGUGUAAUUGAAUCAAUCGAUCUUCCUCUAUUUCCAAGUUAAUCCAACAGUAGUUGUUGUUGGAUGAUAAAGGAGGGAGUCUAACUCAAACAUUUAGCUUCAAUGGGGUCCAAGAAGAAACUAAAUUCGCAGAAAAGUUUUCGUUCUGCUUCUCCAGUUACAGAAAUGUCAAUUUCAGAUCUUCGUGCGAAGCAUCAAAAGGAUUUAGAAAAUUUGAAUCUGUUGACACAGCCUUUCAGAACGCUCAAGCUUUUCAGUAUGGCGAUGAUGCAGUAUCUCAGGAAGUCGAUAGCAUAUCUUUUGUCACAUCGAUGGUGUAUGCUUUUCAGUACCAUUGCUGUGCUGGCCUUGAUUCUGCUUGUGACAACCGACGGUCCUCAUGUAAAGCAUGUUGAGGAGGUUCUUCAAUAUCUUAGGUUUGGACUAUGGUGGGUGGCUCUUGGUGUUGCAUCUUCUAUUGGCCUUGGGUCUGGUUUGCACACUUUUGUCCUCUAUCUGGGCCCUCAUAUUGCUUUAUUUACGAUAAAAGCAAUGAAGUGUGGGCGAGUUGACCUCAAAAUGGCUCCCUAUGAUACAAUACAAUUCCAAAGAACUCCUCUAUGGCUUCGCAAAGAUUGUUCAGAGUUUGGGCCCCCUGUAUUUUCAUCUUCACAUGGCACUAGUGUCCCACUUAGUAGUAUAUUGCCCCAAGUGCAGUUAGAGGCUAUUUUGUGGGGCCUUGGAACCGCACUUGGAGAGCUUCCCCCAUAUUUUAUUUCACGAGCAGCAAGCCUCUCAGGUAGUAGAGUGGACGCAAUGAAAGAACUAGAUGCAUGUUCUGAAAGUAAUGGAUUUCUAGCUACUCGUCUGACUCAAAUGAAGCGCUGGUUUCUUUCCCAUGCACAAUAUUUGAACUUCUUCACAAUUCUAAUACUUGCUUCGGUUCCAAAUCCUCUAUUUGAUCUUGCUGGCAUAAUGUGUGGACAAUUUGGGAUCCCAUUUUGGGAGUUCUUUUUUGCAACUUUGAUUGGAAAGGCUCUCAUUAAAACUCACAUACAGACUCUGUUUAUAAUUUCUGUUUGCAACAAUCAACUUCUUGAUUGGGUGGAAACCGAGUUGAUUCGGAUGCUUAGUUUUAUACCUGGUUUUGAAACCAUGUUACCAAACAUCAUUGCCAAGCUCCACUCCAUGAAAGACAAGUAUAUGGCCACCAAAACACCUGUAACUUCAAAUAUAAAGGUGGACAAAUGGGAUUUCUCAUUUGCUACAGUUUGGAAUGGCGUGGUUACGAUCAUGCUACUGAACUUUUUCGUUAAGAUUGUAAAUGCUACUGCACAGAGAUACUUGAAGAAACAGCAAGAAAAGGAAUUCACUGGUCUGAAGAACAAAUCAUCCUGAGGGCAACCAGAUAACCCUCUUCAUUCAUUCAAAUGGAUUCAUAGAUUUGCUUUUCUUUCGAGCUUUUUUGUCGUCUGUCUUGUUGUCAGAAAUAGGGUGAACGAAAUGAUUGGUAGCUUUGGUGAUCACAAUGGAAGGCUACUUGGAGACUCGGGACCAGCAAGUCCAUUUCAGAAACUUUGUAUAAAACAAGAGUAGUCUCACAUGUUCAUUGACUAUGUAACCUGAAGAGGAACAUUAUUUUUAGGGGUGCCAAUGAAGUGCCAUUUGUUGACAAAAUUGGAGAUGAGAAAGUUGGAAACUCAUUAUGCUCAUACCUUUAGAAAGUGAAGAUAAUUUAUAAACAAGAAUGUGUUUUUUAAGUAUAGCAAUUAACGUCCUAGCCUCUUUUC